AAAGACCUGUCCAGGAUGAAACUGUUCGUAUUCCUUGCCUUGGCCGUGGCCGCGGCUUCCGCUGUGCCCGCUCCCGCCCAGAAGCUGACCCCGGUGCCCGUGAAGGACAUCCAGGGUCGCAUCACCAACGGCUACCCGGCCUACGAGGGCAAAGUGCCCUACAUCGUGGGUCUGCUCUUCAGCGGCAACGGCAACUGGUGGUGCGGAGGCUCCAUCAUCGGCAACACCUGGGUGCUGACCGCCGCCCACUGCACCAACGGCGCCAACGGAGUGACCAUCAACUACGGAGCCAGCAUCCGCACCCAGCCCCAGUACACCCACUGGGUGGGCAGUGGCGACAUCAUCCAGCACCACCACUACAACAGCGGCAACCUGCACAACGACAUCUCCCUGAUCCGCACUCCCCACGUGGACUUCUGGCAUCUGGUGAACAAGGUGGAGCUGCCCAGCUUCAACGACCGCUACCAGGACUACGCCGGCUGGUGGGCCGUGGCCUCCGGCUGGGGCGGCACCUACGACGGAAGCCCACUCCCCGACUGGCUCCAGGCCGUCGACGUCCAGAUCAUUUCCCAGAGCGACUGCAGCCGCACCUGGUCCCUGCACGACAACAUGAUCUGCAUCAACACCGACGGAGGUAGGUCCACCUGCGGAGGCGACUCCGGUGGCCCCCUGGUCACACACGAGGGCAACCGCCUGGUCGGAGUCACCUCGUUCGUCUCCGGAGCCGGCUGCCAGGCUGGCCACCCCGCCGUCUUCACCCGCGUCACCGGAUACCUUGACUGGAUCCGCGACAACACCGGCAUCUCUUACUAAGAGCCUUGAGUUUUCCCCGUUUUAGGGAUUUGUCCUAAUAAAUGUUUUUAUGCCCAAGCA